GUGGCGGCGGCGGCGGCGAUGGCGGAGGUGCGUGCGGCGGGCGCGGGGCCCGGCCCGGCCGCGCCCCCCGGGCCCGCGGCGCUGCCCGCGGCUCCCGGCGCGCCCCCGGCCCUGCCCUCACCGGCGGCGAGCGUCGGGGCGGCGCCGGCACCGACGGCGGUGCCGGCGGCACCGACAGCGUCGGCGGGCGGCGGAGCCGGCGCGGGCGGCGGCGGGGCCGGUCCCGGCUCGGCCCGCGAGGGUUGGCUCUUCAAAUGGACCAACUACAUCAAGGGAUACCAGCGGCGCUGGUUCGUGCUCAGCAAUGGGCUGCUCAGCUACUACCGAUCCAAGGCGGAGAUGGGCCACACGUGCCGCGGCACCAUCAACUUGGCCACGGCCAACAUCUCCGUGGAGGAUUCCUGCAAUUUCAUCAUCUCCAACGGCGGAGCCCAGACCUACCACCUCAAGGCCAGCUCCGAGGUGGAGCGGCAGCGCUGGGUCACCGCCCUCGAGCUCGCCAAGGCCAAGGCUGUCAAGAUGCUGGAGGAGUCAGACGACUCCGGCGACGAGUCGGUGUCGCAGACGGACAAGACGGAGCUGCAGAACACCCUGCGGAUUUUAUCCAGCAAGGUGGAGGACCUGAGCACCUGCAACGACCUGAUCGCCAAGCACGGCACGGCCCUGCAGCGCUCCCUCAGCGAGCUCGAGGCCCUGCGGCUCCCUCCAGAGAGCACGGACAAGAUCAAGCAGGUCAACGAGCGCGCCACGCUCUUCCGCAUCACCUCCAACGCCAUGAUCAACGCCUGCCGGGAUUUCAUGCUCCUGGCACAAACGCACGGGAAGAAGUGGCAGAAGUCGCUGCAGCAGGAGCGGGAUCAGCGGAUCCGGCUGGAGGAGACGCUGGAGCAGCUGGCCAAGCAGCACAACCACCUGGAAAGGGCUUUCCGGGGGGCCACGGUGCUCCCCGCCAGCACGCCCGGCACUGCAGGCUCUGGCAAAGAUCUGUGCUGUCCUGCCAAAGGCGACCUGAGUGACGAGGACGACGACAACAAUGAGUUCUUUGACGCCCCGGAGAUCUUCCCCAUGCCCGACAUCAUGGGCCACAAGAGAACUGGGAGCAACAUCAGCGGCACCAGCAGUGACAUCAGCCUGGAUGAGCAGUACAAGCACCAGGUUGAGGACACCAAGAAGGAGAAGAGAACCCGCAUUCCCUACAAACCCAACUACAGCCUCAACCUCUGGAGCAUCAUGAAGAACUGCAUUGGGAAGGAGCUGUCCAAGAUUCCCAUGCCAGUGAAUUUCAACGAGCCGCUGUCCAUGCUGCAGCGGCUGACGGAGGACCUGGAGUACCACGAGCUCCUGGACCGGGCGGCGCGCUGCGAGAGCUCCCUGGAGCAGCUGUGCUACGUGGCCGCCUUCACCGUGUCCUCCUACUCCACCACCGUCUUCCGCACCAGCAAACCCUUCAACCCGCUCCUGGGGGAAACCUUCGAGCUGGAUCGCCUGGAGGAGAACGGAUACCGCUCCCUCUGCGAGCAGGUGAGCCACCACCCGCCGGCCGCCGCCCACCACGCCGACUCCAAGAACGGCUGGACGCUGCGCCAGGAAAUCAAAAUCACCAGCAAAUUCCGAGGGAAAUACCUCUCCAUCAUGCCUCUGGGCACCAUUCACUGCGUCUUCCACUCCUCCGGCAAUCACUACACGUGGAAAAAGGUGACGACCACCGUGCACAACAUCAUCGUGGGGAAGCUCUGGAUAGACCAGUCAGGUGAGAUUGAGAUCGUCAACCACAAGACAGGGGACAAGUGCGUCCUCAAGUUUGUCCCUUACAGCUACUUCUCCCGGGAUGUGGCGAGGAAGGUGACCGGGGAGGUGAUGGACCCCUCGGGAAAGGUGCAUUUUGCCCUGAUGGGCACGUGGGACGAGAAGAUGGAUUGCUACAAGGUCCAGCUGGGAACGGGGGACAACGGAGCCGAGGCGCGGCCACGAGCCCACGAGGCUGAGGACAGCCGGGUGCUGCUGUGGAAGCGGAACCCGCUCCCGAAGUACGCAGAGAACAUGUACUACUUCUCGGAGCUGGCGCUGACCCUGAACGCGCCGGAGAACGGCACGGCCCCCACGGACAGCCGGCGGCGCCCGGACCAGCGCCUGAUGGAGAACGGGAGGUGGGACGAGGCCAACGUGGAGAAGCAGCGGCUGGAGGAGAAGCAGCGGCUGUCCCGCAAGCGCCGCGAGGCCGAGGCCGCCCGCGCCACCGAGGACGGGACGCCCUACGAUCCCUACAAACCGCUGUGGUUCGAGCGGAAGAAGGACCCGGUGACGCAGGAGCUGGCGCACGUCUACAAGGGGGGCUACUGGGAGAGCAAGGAGAAGCAGGACUGGAGCUUGUGCCCGGAUAUUUUCUGAGCCCGGCGAGGAGGAGGAGGAGGAGCGGCGAGGGGGGAGGGAUGAAGGCCAGGACCCCCCCUGUCCAUCCGUCUGUCUUAACCGUGUGUCCCCGUGCCUCGCCGUGAGCGCCGGCCGGGCUUUGCCUUAGCCCACCCAAACUGACCUUGGGGAGCAGGAGCCAACACAGCCCCCCUCAAAUCCGUGCUGGAGCAGGGGGGGGUCCGUUUGUCCCACCCACCUCCUCGGCACCCUGGGGUGGGGGGCACGGCCGCCCCUGGGGUGGGGGGCCCCAGGGAAGGCGCAGCGGGGCGAGCCCGAGGCUGGCCUUGGUCUCCCCCCCUCCCCUUUUAUUCCCGUUCCCCUUCGCCCCCAGGAGUUCGGGUGCUUUUGGGGGUCUGGGGGGGCCAGACUCCCCCCCAGCCUGUUCUAUAGGUGUAUAUUAUAUAUAUGUAGAGAGCAAUCGGGGUCCCCUUCUCCCCCGCAGCCCCCAGUUUGGGGGGUCCCCGCCCUCCCCGGGGCGGCCCCCACGCGUGGGGACCCCCCAUGAGGUGCCUUCCCUGUAGGUCUAGGGCAGGGGGAGGGCCUGGGUUUUGGGGGGGGUCUCUCCAGGGUGCAGUGGGACCCCUGCACCCCCAGACACUACAGGGGUGGGGAGAUGCACCGUGGGGGGAGUCUCUGCACCCCCGAAUCUGAAAUUGGGGGCGUUUGAUGCCUUUUUAUUUUAUUUUUCCUUUUUUUGGGUUGUUUUUUUUUUUGUCUCCAGAAAAAAGAACUAAAUUAAAAUCUGUGAAUGCCCCAA